CUUCGUUUAUCGCUGCUAACUUACGAAAACAAGAGUCGAAACAAGUCACUUGUUAUUUUCGUCACAGUGAGUGAAGACAUGCGGCUGUGCAUGUGCUGAAGCCUCUUAUUGUAGCCUUCCUAUCCAGGAGAAUGGAAUCAGAAACAGCCUCUACUUCAAAAGUUCAAGACUACAGUGAAAAGAAGCGUGAAAAAACGUCACCAGAGAGAAGUUGGAGAGUUAUCUCCCCCUUGAAGAGACUGCCAUCCCAGCCUGGCAACAUGAGGUUAUUUUCACCUGUUGAUAGUGAUCAGGAGCUCAAUGACCUGGAAGUUGAAAAUGCUUUUGGAGAUGGAGGGGGAACCUGACUCAAGCCAGUCACUCUUGUCACCAUCCAAAGCAAGAAGAUAUGAGACUCCAGGCAAACUCAACCUAUCACCUUUCAGGCCUUCAACAGUGAUGACCAACCUCCAUCGUGGCAAUGUACAGACUAUGACACCAUCCAUUGUUGAACACAUGAGUAUCCACCAGAUGUCAGCCCAGGGGGAGCUGGUUAUGCUGCAGCAGGAAAUUCAGGAGGGCUCGGACAUCAACAAGCUGGAUGAACAGGGACUGACCGCGCUACACUGGGCUUGUGCCAAUGGUCAGAUGCCAACCAUGGAGUUUCUUGUACAGAGUGGAGCAGACAUCAACCUGUCUGGCAACCAUGGGGAGAAUGCCCUUCUACUGUCUAGUUGCUAUGGUUACAAGGAGAUCGUGAAGUAUUUACUUCAGCUUGGCAUGGAUGUCAACUGUACAGAUGAGAGUGGCAGCACUGCUCUGAUGUAUGCAGCCUACAACAACCAUCCCGCCUGUAUCACGGCCCUGCUGGAGUACGGGGCAGACAUUACCGCCACCAAUGAGGACAUGUUGACAGCCUUCGAUCUCACUAUUGGACAGGAUCACAAGCUAGCUCAACACGCCAUAGAGAAGCACAUGCUCUCAAUGUUCGAAGGACUGACGUGACAACAUAUGAGGUGGAUACUACACCCUAGCCCUUCCAUGCAUGUGACUGUGUCCUCCAGUGACUGGCUUGAUGAUGCCUGGCUUGACGAUGCCCGGGCCUACCCCCAGGUACUGGGGCUGUUAGUGCUACACGUAUCUUGGCAGAACACAAGAACUGUCUUCGUCAUGUUUAUUCAUGACGGGACUCUGUCAGACAAGAUGAAGUGUUAGAAGAGCAAGUUGAACACUAAAAAUAACACACAACCGUUUCUGUGUCAAAAUGAUUUACUGAAAUGAAGUCCUGUAAAUGUAAACAGAUGUAUGUAACAAUGGAAUGUUUCACAUGUAAAAUUAUGAAGGACACAGUGAGCUGACAACCUCCACACAGUAACCAGAAACUUUGUCUCAAAGAGAGUGGCAACAUAAUAGCUGACACAUGAACAAAUACUCUACAUCUGUUAUGCCAGCAGACCUUUUCAGAAUGAAACGAAACUCCUUCAAACCAAAAUUAAUAGAUUUUCAGUUUUCAUACUUUGAUGAAACUAGUAGCUUCAAAAUCAACAAUUUUUAAUAUAUCCUGUAUUUUAAGUAUGCUUUAGAUUAAAAAUGUUUUGUUUUCA